AUGGAUCGAGCAAGGAAAAUAUGUUACCCUGUCAUUGCAGCCAUCGGUGUCCCAGUUAACCUGGUGGCGAUCGUCAUACUCAGCCGAGGAAAGUGUGGUCUCUCCAAAGGGAUCACUCGGUAUCUGGUGGCGAUGGCCGUGGCCGAUCUUGCGGUGGUGAUCAUCGAAGUCGUGUUCUUCCAGAUCGUUGAUGUGUACCAAGCGUACUGGCUCAUGCUUCCCCCUCCGUUCUGUUUCGUCCACUACGUCUUCUGUUACGUUGCUUUAGAUUGUUCCGUGUGGCUGACUGUGGCGUUCACUUUCGACCGCUUUGUGGCUAUUUGCUGGCCGAAGAUGCAGAUAAAAUACUGCACUCCAAAAAUUGCAAGUCUGGUUAUUUGCGCAAUAUGCGUGGCUUUCUGUGUAAAGAACGUCCCUUAUUACUUCUUGCAUCGGGAAGAUGGAAUUACUCUCUGGAAGGGGAAAUGGUGGACGUGCUAUUCCAAAGGGGGACUUCACAUGUUGACAGAGUUUGAGUGGUUUUACUGGGUGGACCGUCUGCUGAACCCGCUGCUCCCUUUCUUCCUCAUUUUGUUCCUUAACGUUCUGACCGUCCGACAGAUCCUGGUCUCCAGCCGAGCCCGCAGAGGUCUCCGGGGACAUAGAAAUGGAGAGAAACAACAGGAUCCAGAGAUGAAGAGCCGCAGACAGUCCAUCGUUCUGCUCUUCACCUUGUCGGCGAGUUUCCUCAUCUGCUGGGCGACCAGCACCCUGGUCUUCAUUUUCCUGCGCUGCCUCUACACGGACCUGGAAACGUCCAUCCGGCUUUUCCGAUCGCAGCAGGCGGGGUCAGUGAUUCAGCUUUUCAGCUGCUGCACAAACACCUUCAUUUACGGCGUGACCCAGAGGAGAUUCAGGGAGCAGUUGAAGAUUGUGAUGCUCUCUCCCGUUCAUAUGAUUGUUAGCUUGGGAAGACACUGUUUAUCGUGCAGUUCACCAUGA